GUGGCCGCGGCGCGCCCCGAUGCACCCCCCGCCAAGGAGUGUCCGGCACCCGCGGCCGCUGCGGCAGCUGCAGCGCCCCCGGGCGCCCCAGCGCUGGGCUACGGCUACCAUUUCGGCAACGGCUACUAUAGCUGCCGCAUGUCGCACGGCGUGGGCUUACAGCAGAAUGCUCUCAAGUCGUCGCCGCACGCCUCGCUGGGAGGCUUCCCGGUGGAGAAGUACAUGGACGUGUCCGGCCUGGCCAGCAGCAGCGUACCGGCCAACGAGGUGCCCGCGCGCGCCAAGGAGGUGUCCUUCUACCAGGGCUACACGAGCCCCUACCAGCAUGUGCCCGGCUACAUCGACAUGGUGUCCACCUUCGGCUCCGGGGAGCCUCGGCACGAGGCGUACAUCUCCAUGGAGGGCUACCAGUCCUGGACGCUGGCCAACGGGUGGAACAGCCAGGUGUACUGCGCCAAGGACCAGCCGCAGGGCUCCCACUUUUGGAAAUCAUCCUUUCCAGGGGAUGUGGCUCUAAAUCAGCCGGACAUGUGUGUCUACCGCCGGGGGAGGAAAAAGAGGGUGCCCUACACCAAACUGCAGCUCAAAGAACUGGAGAACGAGUAUGCCAUUAACAAGUUCAUCAACAAGGACAAGCGGCGGCGAAUCUCGGCUGCCACGAACCUAUCCGAGAGACAAGUGACCAUUUGGUUUCAGAACCGAAGGGUGAAGGACAAGAAAAUCAUCUCCAAACUCAAAGACACUGUCUCCUGA